ACCCUCUCCUCUGCAACAAAGUCAACACCCCCCCCCCCUGGUUUUCUCUCCCUCUCCGCCGCCAUGAAAAGAAAAAGACAGCUUCCAAAAAGGCAGCGACGCAAUCGUUGAAACAACAUCACUUACUGUUUCAAAACAGAAUAUCUCAGAUGACCGAACAACAACAAACUCAGAUCUGUUUCCGACCGAUCUCCUAAUGGAGAUACUCAAACAGCUCCCGGUCAAAACCCUAGCGAGGCUCACGUGCGUAUCAAAGCUAUGGGCAUCCACCAUCCGCCGCCAAGAAUUCAAGAAGCUUUGGUCUUCAAACCAACAACCUAGUAGUAGUAAUAGUACUCUCAUCUUCGCCUUCAAACGUGACAAAGGCUACGGCCAAGACUGCUUCUUCUUCUCCUCUUCGCUUCAAACCCAGAACCAAGGUCAAACCUCAGCUACUUACCUUACAACAUACCCUGGAGACUUGUUGUCUACUCCAUCUGUCCAUGGUUUGAUCUGCUACGGACCUCCUUCUGACGUCACUGUAUACAACCCUACCACGAGAAGAUCCAUCACCCUCCCCAAGAUCGUUUCUCAGAGGACGUGUUUGCACCACUACUUGGGUUACGAUCCCAUCGACUCUGAUUACAAAAUGUUGUGUAUGACCAGAGGGAAGCGUGAGAUGGCUCAAGAGCUUCAGGUUUUGAGAUUAGGAGACGAGAGUUCUUCGUGGAGGAUGGUUGAUGACUCCCCUCCUCCUCAUUACUCUCCUGAGUCUCUUCAUAUUUGUAUAGACGGGGUUUUAUACUACGGAGUUAGUGUUGGGACAGUAGGAAGAACUACGAGUGCCGUUGGUGGUAAGGACCGUGGUGUUAUGAGCUUUGAUGUUCGGUCUGAGAAGUUUCGUGUUAUCAGAGUACCACCGGGAAGAGCAAGAAAGUUUACGAGUAUGACUAGAUACGAUGGGAAGCUCGCUCUUAUGUACACCGUGUAUGGUAAAAUCGGAUUAUGGGUUUUAGAGGAUGCUGCCAAACAUGAGUGGUCCUCUACGUUUUUCGAUUUGCCUAGAUUAUCUGGAUAUAAUACAAAGUUUCAAGUGUUUUGUGCCAUUGGUGAUGAUGCAGCUGGGGAGUUUGUUUUGGCACCAAGAGAAUUGCAUGAAUCGCCGUUUUAUGUUUUGUAUUAUGAUCCCAAGAAAAAGAGGGUGAGGAAGGUGGACAUUGAAGGAAUUACAGAACGUGAGGAGCUUCCACUUUGGGAUAAAGAUUGGAAGCGUAAGACAAUGUCUAUCUUCCCUGGUCAGGUUGAGAAUCUCAUGUUUCUCUAAGAGUGUUUUUUUGCAAACAGAUCUUCUUUCAUGAUAAUUAAACUCCACUGUUAUACUUUGUUUAUUAAUUUUGUAUUUUUGAGUUUCAUCUUGUUACACGUUUAUAAUCAGUUCGUUGUUAUAGGUUUA